AUGUCUGAAAAACAAGUAUUAACAGGAGUUGCUGCAGCAGCAGAGACAAAGGAAGACAUAGAUGAUUAUCUCAAAACAACACUUUCUGAAGAGCAAUAUAAAACAUUAAUGGAAAUCGUUGACUCUAAUGGUGAGGAAGUUGAAAUUGAGGCCACUGACAUGAGCAAAGAAGACAGGCGCAAGUUGCACACUGCCAUAGUGAAAUGUGGAAAAUCUCGUUUGAUUAGCAACACUGUUGAUAAGGAUGGCAAAAAGUACAUUGUUGUUAAGAGAUCCAGUAAGGCAGGGAAGCAGGAGAGGCGUUCUGUGCCGUGGCCAGCAGAUAGAGGUGGAGAGUAUGUGUACUUUAUUCUACACAAAGAAAAUAUGGACACCAUGGAAACUGUUAACCUCAUUGCAAGUAGACUAAGAGUGAAACCAAAUUUGAUAACAUAUGCAGGAAUGAAGGAUCGCCGUGCCAAAACAAGUCAACUGAUGUGUGUUUGGAAAGUGGAACCUCAACGAUUGGUGAAUGUUAGUCGAAGCCUGCGAGGUAUUGAGAUGGGUAAUUACAGUUUUCAUCAGCGGCCACUACGACUUGGUGAUUUGCGUGGUAAUCGCUUUCGCAUUGUUCUCAGAAAUGUGACAGGAUCAGACAAACAGAUUGAAGAUGGCUUAACAUCACUAAAGACAAAAGGUUUCUUGAAUUAUUAUGGACUUCAGAGAUUCGGGAGCUCUUUGGCUGUUCCAACACAUGAAAUUGGAAAAGCUCUGCUAUUGGGUAACUGGCAGAAGGCAGUUGAACUCAUCCUGAAACCAAGAGAUGGUGAGCCACUACGUUUUUUAGCUGAAGCUCGUAAAGUUUGGUGGGAGACAAGGGAUCCAGCUAAGGCGAUAAAAAUUCUACGCAAUAAGGACAAGAUGAUCGAAGGGAAAUUGCUUCUUGGACUCAGCCGUCAUGGACCUAAGAACUAUUUAAAUGCUUUGGAUAAUAUACCUCGCGGUACACGUCUUAUGUACCUGCAUUCAUAUCAGAGCCUUAUAUGGAACAAAGUUGUGUCAAGGCGCAUGCAGAAGUUUGGUUUACAGCCUAUAGCAGGUGACCUGGUGCUUCAGGGUGAAGAGAGAGCAGAACCAGUUGAAUUACUAGAAGUUGGUGACCAUGAUGCCACAGCGAAUCAGCAAACAAGUGAUACUGCUGAUGACAAUGCGAGCAACAGACAGAAACCCUCUGUGCGAAUACUUUCAGAAAGUGAUGUGAAAGACUUCACAAUUUAUGAUAUUGUUUUACCACUACCUGGCCAUGAUGUAGUAUACCCACAGAAUGAAACAAAAGAAUGGUUUGAAGAACUUCUCCAAGCAGAUGGGCUGUCACCUGCCAAAUUGAAACAGAGUGUGAGAGCUUAUUCCGUGGGAGGUGCUUACAGACACAUUGCAGUUCGUCCUACAAAUGUGAGCUGGAAAAUAAUGCAUUAUUCAGAUCCACAAACUACUUUGGUGCUUUCUGAUCUUGAGGAAAUGCAGAAAGUUACGCCACCAGAAGAUGAAAAAGAUGGAGUUUAUAAAGCCCUCAUUUUGGACUUCUGUCUACCAUCUUCUACAUAUGCUACAAUGGCAGUCCGUGAAGUAUUGAAAUCAGACACAUCAUGCUACAGUCAGGCAUUGCUGAAUGAUUACCAUGUACCCACAGGCCCAAAUGGGACUCCCAAAAGGCGAUUGUCAUCUGCAGAAAACGGAGAUUCAGCAUCUUCCUCUGUGAGUGAAGAUGUGAAAACGGAACCACAAGAUCAAGUAACAUCUACAAAGCAUCAGGUGUCAUCUAUAUGUACAAGGGCUACGAAAAGGGAGAAGAAGACUACGGAUUCAGGUGAGAAAUCAGACAGUUAUUCUGAGGAUGGUGCUCCCAAUAAGAAAAAACUGAAGACUGAACAGAGUUUAUCUGCAUUCCAUAGUACUAACAUAAAAAUUGAUGUUACCCCUAUACCAGAAAGGAGAACUAGGCGCAGCAGCAGACUGGUUGCUAGUGAUAGUGAAAAAGAUCCAUCUGCAGUAAAGAAUGUUAUGGACACAAAAAGUCAGAGCACUGGAGGUGGAAGCAAGCAACGUCAUGUAGAUAAGGUACUGGAGACUAGUUUUCAAAGUGCUGUAGAUUCUAAGCAGUGUGAUUUAAAAGUUGACCGGUCUACAGAAAGAACUUCUGUAGAGGUGGUCCCACAAAACAAUAAAUUAAAUGCCCCAUUACAAGCCCAUGUUACAUCCCUGUCAGUAGGCUUGGAGGCAGAGACUGUAAAAAAGAAAUUAGAAACUGAAGAAACUAAUAUAGAGGUAGGUUGUGACAGUGACAUUAUAGACAGUGAAGGCCAUGAGUCAAGUAGGAAAAAGUUGAAAGUUAGUGUAACUAAUGACAGUGAAGUAAAUACACAGCAUGACAGUGGGUCAGAAGGUUCCAUAAAUACUGCAGUUCAGGCUGGGAAGGUAGAAUGUUCAGUUAGUUCUGUGGUCAGAACAGAAAAUUCAUCUGGUGCGCCAUCAGAGCAAAUGUAUGUAGAAAGUAAUAUUACUAAUACUCAAGUUAAAACUAGCAUCACCAAUACUCAGAUUUCCAAAGAAAUGCAUCCAUGUACACAAGAUUGCAAUGUGAUGUUGCAGGAAAAGACUGUUAGCUCAGUAUUGUCUUCCAAAUUAAAUGGAAGUGAAACUACAGAUCUGAAAUCCACUGUUGGUACUGUGGAAAACGUAGUUUGUAGUUCAUCUGAGAAGACUGAAAUUUUAGCCAGUAUUGGCUGUUCACAUGAGACUGAUAAGAGCUGUGUAACAAGCUCUGUGCUAAUGGAGACUGAUACUGCUAGAGAGAGUCAUAAGACUGAUAGGUUGCAAAUCCAAUCAGACAUUUCCAAAAUCCAUCCAGAGGAUGGAAAUGAAAGCACAAAAUGUGAACUUUCUUGCAGAGAAAGUUCCACAUGUAAUGAAGAAACAGAAAACGUAAAAAAAACAACGGUGGAAUGUGCAGAAGCAUUGGUUUCUCCUUUUCGACAUUCAGAAGGAAGUGAAACGUCUCAUUUAAGUGAGACAGAAGUGAAACAAAACUUAAAACAAAGUAGCGGAAACACUGAUGCCAGUGUUCCACUGACUGAUGGAGGGAGUGAGAUUUUAAAGCAUUCUGCACUGGAUACUGUUGACCAACCUGAUAGACAGACUGAGUCAGAGACUGAAACGCAGAUUUCAUCUGUAAGUGAGAUAAAGACUGAUGUUGAAACAGUUGCUGUUCUUUCACCAGUUGAAAACCCACAUGUUACUGAAAUAGGUAGUCAGGAUGCUUCAGGGUCAGCUGUUUCAAGUACUGUUUUGUCUUCAGAUUGUAAAGAGGACGAAAAGCCAUCUCAAAAGAAACUGGGCCAUACAGGAAUCGUACUUACAGCCACAGAAGAGGCAUCCCAUUCCAGCUCUUACGAAUUAUGUAGUGAGGACUGUGCAACUUCUCAUAGUGGUUUCAAACAUAAAAACAUAAAUAAAGACUCCUCUGAAUUGCACAGUGCUCCAGAUUGUGAAGAUAAUGGGAAUGGGAGUUUAAAGGAGCAUGCAGAGAAUUUUGUCGAGUCUUCCAAUUUGUCUUCAUUGGAUCAAGUAUCCUUAGAGUCAACUAAAGAAGAGGGGUCAGUGGAGGUGGAUAUGAAGUAUAGGGAUGGAAAACGCGCGCUGUGCAAAUCUGAUGUUGCAUUACAUGAUAGUGCAGUUGGAAACCAGAAUAUGGAGGAGGAGAAACAUGAGAAAGAACAGAAUUCUACAGAUUCUAGUGUAAACUAUUUUGUUGAUACUAGUUGUAAAGUAGGCACAGAAUCUCCACAGCCCAAAGGAAAUUCAUUGAAUCAGAAAAUAUUAAAACCAGAAGAAGAGAGUAAAACUAGCAUAUCUCCAGGUGCAGAUUCAAUGCCAUCAUUGAGUGAAGCAAAGUUGGUAUCAGAACAGGAAGUCAGCAUGGUAUCUGAUGAACAUAAUUCAUGCACACGCAAACUUGAGAGGAAUGAGUUGGAUAAAAAAUCUGCUACUUCAGAAGUCCAAGAGGAGAUAAAAACAGUUCUUACAGAUUUGGUCACAGAUGCUGUGGAGAAUGAAAUGGAAAUUAUAAAUGAUGAUGAUAUAUCUGGUAAGUCAACUUCAGAUAUCAGUUCAAACUUACAUAAUAAGAAUGAAAAGUCCCAAGAAGAAUCAGUACAACCUGAACAAAAUAUGCAAAUGAAGAGUAAAUCAUCACAGUUAAAAGUAAAUGACCCGAUUAAAGAAACAGUUGUCAAACAAAAUUGGGACAAAGAAGAAUGCAAAAAGGAAGUGCAUGAACCCCCUUCACAGACUGAAAUGGAUGUGGAAGUUGUGGCACCUGUUCAGCAAGACAUUGGUGGAGAAAUGGAAAGUGUUGAUGCUGUUACUGUGAAGUCAUGUCCUGAGAAAUAUGAAAUGCACAUAUCAUCAAAGGACAAAUUGAAAGAUUUGGUGGUAGAUGACUGCUGUAUGGGAAAUAUGGUGCAGUCUGUAGCUGAAGAUUCAGAUUCCUGUAGGGAAGUUCCCCUAAGUGAAAAUAAAGAAUCAAGGUUAGAUAAAACUACCUUGAAAACUAAAGCUCAGACUAGUGUCACUGAAACUGGUAAAUCUAAUGUUUCUGAAGAAAAUUGCACAGAACAGCAGUCAAAUUCAUCUGGAAAAGUUUCCCAAAAAUCAGUUUUUGCUCUUAAAGCACCAGAAGAUAACGUUUUGUGUAGUGAUCAUAAACUCCAUCAAGAAAGUGAUAAUGCUAAAGGCAUGAGUGAUACAGUGUCACAGACUGCACAAAAGGAGCAGAAUCAGCAAACAGAAGCUGAAAAGCAAAUAACUGCCACAGAAACAAAAUUAGUGCUGAUGGCUGGAGGAAGUAAGAUCUUUGAUACUUUGCCUAAAGGUUUUGAUGGAAAAUGUGGGGAUAAAAUUACAUUUAAACUCAUAGGGCUAAAACACAAACUAAAUGAAGAUGAGACAACUUAUGAGAAAUUGUCACCCAUUGCUAACACCGAGGAAUUGGUACCAGUUGAAGACAGUAUAUCUACUGCUCACCAUUCAAAACCAGUUCCCAGCACUGUCACUGGGAAACACUGUGAAGAAUCCAACAUAGCACAAAACGCAGCAAUACCGAGUAAAGAUGAAACAGUUGAAUAUCUUGUGAUGGGAAAAGAUUUAGUGAUACAUAUUGCUCGAAAAACUGAUGAAGAACAUGAUCAUAUAUUUGCUCUUGGCUGCGGGUCGGAAAUACGGAAAAUAGUACCAGAUGUGGCAGGAGUACACAUGAAGGCUGAAAAUGUGAACUGCAAUACAACACAAGAAAAACUAUGCCAGGAAUCUAGUACUGUUGUAAUAAAAUGUAAUGAAAAAUUGCAAUUGAAUGUGCCAGAUGCAGAGCCAGAGCAAACUGGGUCGAUAGCUAUCGAGAAAGAGCCAAUAGAGGGAUCUGAUUCAAACAAAGAGCAAAUGGAGGCAGCAGAACCAAAGGAGCAGCAGGUGGAAGCAUCUGCUGCAGAGGAGGAGCAGGUGGAAGCAUCUGCUGCAGAGGAGGGGCAGGUGGCGGCGGCGGCUGCUGCAGAGGAGGGGCAGGUGGCGGCGGCGGCUGCUGCAGAGGAGGGGCAGGUGGCGGCGGCGGCUGCUGCAGAGGGGGCGCAGGUGGCGGCGGCGGCUGCUGCAGAGGGGGGGCAGGUGGAGGCGGCUGCCAGUGUGGUAGAGCAACUGGAGGCGGCUGCCAGUGUGGUAGAGCAACUGGAGGCGGCUGCUGGCGAGGGGGAGCAGAUGGAUGCAUCUGCCAGAAAGGAAGAACGAGUGGGGUUGGUUGUUCCAGAGGAGCAGCAGUUGGAUGCGGCUGCUGCAGAGGGAGAGCAAGUAGAUGUGGGUGCAUCAGAGGUAGGAAAGACAGAGUCAUUGGAUUCGGGACUAGAGCAGACAGAGGCAGUUGGUGUGAAGGAAGGACAAAUGAAAGCUGUGGAGACUGGGUCAGCACCUGCAGACCCAGUGAAGACUUUGGCAAUGGAAUCUGAGCAGAAUUUGGCAAUGGUUUUAGAGAGAAGUGAAUCUGAGGCACUGACGAAGGCGUCAAAGCAGACUAUUCCAGACCAAACACUGUCAGUGGCCGAAAAGAGAAUCGGAACUGUGCCAGCAAAUGCAGAAACUGACCAGUCUGAAUCAGCAGCUGACGACCAAGAGAAAAUGGAUGAGGUGGCUAAAGAGCAGGGUGAAAUGGAGGUAUUGUGUGAGGAUCUAGAGAAAACAAUGGCAGUGGAUGAGAGGCCAGAGAAAACACAGACAGUGGCUGAGAAACUGGAGAAUGUGUUGGGGACAGCUGAGGAAAUGGAGCAAACAGCAACUGCAGCUGAGGAGCCAAAACUUUCAAAGACAGCGGUAGGGCAGGCUGAACGAAGGGAGCUGGAGAAAAAGGAGCCAUCAGUUGAGGAGCUGGUGCAACAGGGAGUAUCAGGGGAGCUGGAAGCUGCUGAGAAGCCACAGAAAAUGGAGGUAAUGUCUUCGGAAUGUAAGCACAUUGCACCUCUAACUGAAGAACGGGUGCAAAUGAUGCCUGUUGCUGAGGAAUUCGAGCAAAUGGAGGCAAGCACUUUGGAGCAUUUGCAGAUGGAGGCAACUGUUGCGAAACAGAAGCAAACAGGGACAGUGGGCAAAAAGCAAGAAGAAAUAUGGGCGAUGGCUGCAAUGUCUGAUGAAACUGAGACUGUUGAAAUGAAACCAGAGAAAAACAUUGCAGCAACUGCGUCGUCAGUGGAACUAAAGAAAUCUGGGACAGUGAAACAAGAGAAAAUAGAGAUAGCAGCUGCAAAACCAGAAGGAGCAGAUACAUUGUUGGCAACUGCUGAACAGUAUCACGGUGAGACAGAGAUUGCAGUUUCUGAAUCAGACCAUGCUGGAGUUUUAACGGCAGCUUUAGAACCAGACCAAGCUAAGGCAGCAGCAAGUGCACAAGAACCAGAUCUGAAUGAAGCAGCGGCAGCAACAACAAAAACAAUAUCAGACCCACACCCAACUGAGGCAUUAGCUGUACCUGCACCAGAACCAAGUCCAGUUGAGGUGAUGGACAUAGCAACUACUGCUCCAGCACCAGAUCAGACUGAGGUGGCAGCAGCUGCUGUUCCAGAACCGGAUCAGACUGAGGCGGCAGCAGCAGCUGCUCCAAAACCAGAUCAGCCUGCGGUGGCAACAGCAGGUGCUUUGGAACCAGACCUAGAUGAGGUGGCAGCAGCAUCAGCAGCUGCUCCAGAACCAGACCUUACUGAGGUGGUAGCAGAAGCUGCUCAGGAACCAGACCCGACUGGGGUGGCAGCAGAAGUUGCUCAGGAACUAGACCCAACUGGGGUGGCAGCAGAAGCUGCUCAGGGACCAGACUCAACUGGGGUGGCAGCAAAAGCUGCUCAGGGACCAAACCCAACAGAGGUGGUAGCAGAAGCUGCUACUGCUGCAGCUGCUUGGGAACCUGACACAGCUGAGGCACCAGCAGAAUCUCCUCCAGAACCGGACCCAAAUGCAUCGAUGGCGGCAACUCCGAUACCAGAUGCGACUGCAAUGGCGGCGGCAGCUGCUCCAGACCCAGACCUAGCUAAGACAGCAGCAGGUCUGCAGCCAGACCAAACUGAAGCUAUGGAGCUAGCUUUCAAGGUAAAUGGAGAUGAGGAACUACACGGAAUGAAGGAGGCAGAAACAGUUGUAGACUCUGGAUUUGUGGAGGCAGCAGUACCUGUAGAGUCAGAUCAAACAGAAGCAAUGGCGUCACAUGUAGUGCUAGAUCAUAGAGAAGGAAUGCUAGCUGAUGAAGAGCGAGACCAAACUGAGGCAGUGUCAUCUGCUGUGGAGCCAGAACAAACUGAGGCAGUGUCAUCUGCUGUGGAGCCAGAACAAACUGAGGCAGUGUCAUCUGCUGUUGAGCCAGAACAAACUGAGGCAGUGUCAUCUGCUGUUGAGCCAGAACAAACUGAGGCACUGUCAUCUGCUGUGGAGCCAGAACAAACUGAGGCACUGUCAUCUGCUGUGGAGCCAGAACAAACUGAGGCACUGUCAUCUGCUGUGGAGCCAGAACAAACUGAGGCAGUGUCAUCUGCUGUGGAAUCAGAACAAACUGAGGCAGUGUCAUCUGCUGUGGAAUCAGAACAAACUGAGGCAGUGUCAUCUGCUGUGGAGCCAGAACAAACUGAGGCACUGUCAUCUGCUGUGGAGCCAGAACAAAGUGAGGCAGUGUCACCUGCUGUGGAGCCAGAACAAAGUGAGGCAGUGUCACCUGCUGUGGAGCCAGAACAAAGUGAGGCAGUGUCACCUGCUGUGGAGCCAGAACAAAGUGAGGCAGUGUCACCUGCUGUGGAGCCAGAACAAAGUGAGGCAGUGUCACCUGCUGUGGAGCCAGAACAAAGUGAGGCAGUGUCACCUGCUGUGGAGCCAGAACAAAGUGAGGCAGUGUCACCUGCUGUGGAGCCAGAACAAAGUGAGGCAGUGUCACCUGCUGUGGAGCCAGAACAAACUGAGGCAGUGUCACCUGCUGUGGAGCCGGAACAAAGUGAGGCAGUGUCACCUGCUGUGGAGCCGGAACAAACUGAGGCAGUGUCACCUGCUGUGGAGCCGGAACAAACUGAGGCACUGUCAUCUGCUGUGGAGCCAGAACAAACUGAGGCACUGUCAUCUGCUGUGGAGCCAGAACAAACUGAGGCACUGUCAUCUGCUGUGGAGCCAGAACAAACUGAGGCACUGUCAUCUGCUGUGGAGCCAGAACAAACUGAGGCACUGUCAUCUGCUGUGGAGCCAGAACAAACUGAGGCACUGUCAUCUGCUGUGGAGCCAGAACAAACUGAGGCAGUGUCAUCUGCUGUGGAAUCAGAACAAACUGAGGCAGUGUCAUCUGCUGUGGAAUCAGAACAAACUGAGGCAGUGUCAUCUGCUGUGGAAUCAGAACAAACUGAGGCAGUGUCAUCUGCUGUGGAGCCAGAACAAACUGAGGCACUGUCAUCUGCUGUGGAGCCAGAACAAAGUGAGGCAGUGUCACCUGCUGUGGAGCCAGAACAAAGUGAGGCAGUGUCACCUGCUGUGGAGCCAGAACAAAGUGAGGCAGUGUCACCUGCUGUGGAGCCAGAACAAAGUGAGGCAGUGUCACCUGCUGUGGAGCCAGAACAAAGUGAGGCAGUGUCACCUGCUGUGGAGCCAGAACAAAGUGAGGCAGUGUCACCUGCUGUGGAGCCAGAACAAAGUGAGGCAGUGUCACCUGCUGUGGAGCCAGAACAAAGUGAGGCAGUGUCACCUGCUGUGGAGCCGGAACAAAGUGAGGCAGUGUCACCUGCUGUGGAGCCGGAACAAAGUGAGGCAGUGUCACCUGCUGUGGAGCCGGAACAAAGUGAGGCAGUGUCACCUGCUGUGGAGCCGGAACAAAGUGAGGCAGUGUCACCUGCUGUGGAGCCGGAACAAAGUGAGGCAGUGUCACCUGCUGUGGAGCCAGAACAAAGUGAGGCAGUGUCACCUGCUGUGGAGCCAGAACAAACUGAGGCAGUGUCACCUGCUGUGGAGCCAGAACAAACUGAGGGAGUGUCACCUGCUGUGGAGCCAGAACAAACUGAGGCAGUGUCACCUGCUGUGGAGCCAGAACAAACUGAGGCAGUGUCACCUGCUGUGGAGCCAGAACAAACUGAGGCAGUGUCACCUGCUGUGGAGCCAGAACAAACUGAGGCAGUGUCACUUGCUGUGGAGCCAGAACAAACUGAGGCAGUGUCACUUGCUGUGGAGCCAGAACAAACUGAGGGAGUGUCACCUGCUGUGGAGCCAGAACAAACUGAGGCAGUGUCACCUGCUGUGGCGCCAGAACAAACUGAGGCAGUGUCACCUGCUGUGGCGCCAGAACAAACUGAGGCAGUGUCACCUGCUGUGGAGCCAGAACAAACUGAGGCAGUGUCACCUGCUGUGGAGCCAGAACAAACUGAGGCAGUGUCACUUGCUGUGGAGCCAGAACAAACUGAGGCAGUGUCACCUGCUGUGGAGCCAGAACAAACUGAGGCAGUGUCACCUGCUGUGGAGCCAGAACAAACUGAGGCAGUGUCAUCUGCUGUGGAGCCGGAACAAACUGAGGCAGAUAGAGCUGCUAUGGAGCUGGACCAAACUGAGGCAGAUAGAGCUGCUAUGGAGCUGGACCAAACUGAGUCAGUUGAAGCUGCUGUGGAGCUGGACCAAACUGAGACAGUUUCAGCUACUGUGGAGCCAUACCAUACUGAGACAGUUUCAGCUACUGUGGAGCCAUACCAUACUGAGAGAAUGGAAAUAAUUGAAGAAUCAGAUAAAACUGAGGUAGCUGGAGCUGCUGCAGUGCAGGUCGAAACUGAAGCAGUUGGAGCUGCUGCAGAGCAGGCCCAAACUGAAGCAGUUGGAGCUGUUGCAGAGCAGGCCCAAACUGAAGCAGUUGGAGCUGCUGCAGAGCAGGCCCAAACUGAAGCAGUUGGAGCUGCUGCAGAGCAGGCCCAAACUGAAGCAGUUGGAGCUGCUGCAGAGCAGGCCCAAACUGAAGCAGUUGGAGCUGCUGCAGAGCAGGCCCAAACUGAAGCAGUUGGAGCUGCUGCAGAGCAGGCCCAAACUGAAGCAGUUGGAGCUGCUGCAGAGCAGGCCCAAACUGAAGCAGUUGGAGCUGCUGCAGAGCAGGCCCAAACUGAAGCAGUUGGAGCUGCUGCAGAGCAGGCCCAAACUGAAGCAGUUGGAGCUGCUGCAGAGCAGGCCCAAACUGAAGCAGUUGGAGCUGCUGCAGAGCAGGCCCAAACUGAAGCAGUUGGAGCUGCUGCAGAGCAGGCCCAAACUGAAGCAGUUGGAGCUGCUGCAGAGCAGGCCCAAACUGAAGCAGUUGGAGCUGCUGCAGAGCAGGCCCAAACUGAAGCAGUUGGAGCUGCUGCAGAGCAGGCCCAAACUGAAGCAGUUGGAGCUGCUGCAGAGCAGGCCCAAACUGAAGCAGUUGGAGCUGCUGCAGAGCAGGCCCAAACUGAAGCAGUUGGAGCUGCUGCAGAGCAGGACCCAACUAAGUCAGUUGGAGCCGCUGCACAGACACACCAACCUGAGGCAGUUUCAGUUACUGUGGUUCCAUACCAUACUGAGGGAAUGGAAACUGAGGCAGUUGCAGCUGCUGUGGAGCCGGCACAAUCCGAGCCAGUUGGAGCUGCCGUGGAGCCGCCACAAACUGAACCAGUUGGAGCUGCAGUGGAGCCGCCACAAACUGAACCAGUUGGAGCUGCAGUGGAGCCCCCACAAACCGAACCAGUUGGAGCUGCAGUGGAGCCCCCACAAACCGAGGCAGUUGGAGCUGCAGUGGAGCCCCCACAAACCGAGGCAGUUGGAGCUGCAGUGGAGCCCCCACAAACCGAGGCAGUUGGAGCUGCAGUGGAGCCCCCACAAACCGAGGCAGUUGGAGCUGCAGUGGAGCCGGCACAAACCGAGGCAGUUGGAGCUGCAGUGGAGCCGGCACAAACCGAGGCAGUUGGAGCUGCAGUGGAGCCGGCACAAACCGAGGCAGUUGGAGCUGCAGUGGAGCCGGCACAAACCGAGGCAGUCGGAGCUGCAGUGGAGCCGGCACAAACCGAGGCAGUCGGAGCUGCAGUGGAGCCGGCACAAACCGAGGCAGUCGGAGCUGCAGUGGAGCCGGCACAAACCGAGGCAGUCGGAGCUGCAGUGGAGCCGGCACAAACCGAGGCAGUCGGAGCUGCAGUGGAGCCGGCACAAACCGAGGCAGUCGGAGCUGCAGUGGAGCCGGCACAAACCGAGGCAGUCGGAGCUGCAGUGGAGCCGGCACAAACCGAGGCAGUCGGAGCUGCAGUGGAGCCGGCACAAACCGAGGCAGUCGGAGCUGCAGUGGAGCCGGCACAAACCGAGGCAGUCGGAGCUGCAGUGGAGCCGGCACAAACCGAGGCAGUCGGAGCUGCAGUGGAGCCGGCACAAACCGAGGCAGUCGGAGCUGCAGUGGAGCCGGCACAAACCGAGGCAGUCGGAGCUGCAGUGGAGCCGGCACAAACCGAGGCAGUCGGAGCUGCAGUGGAGCCGGCACAAACCGAGGCAGUCGGAGCUGCAGUGGAGCCGGCACAAACCGAGGCAGUCGGAGCUGCAGUGGAGCCGCCACAAAGCGAGGCUGUCGGAGCUGCAGUGGAGCCGCCACAAAGCGAGGCUGUCGGAGCUGCUGUGGAGUCAGAUGUUAAUGAUUCAUUAUCAGCUGCUGUAGUUCCAGAUCAGACUGAGGCAUUGCCAGUUGUGACAGAGCCAGAUCAAAACGAGGCAGUAGGAGCUGCUGUGGAGGCAGACCAAACUGAGAAUGCAGGAGCUCCUUCGACACUGGUCCAGACUGAGGAGGCUGGAGCCCCUGCCGAGGCGGACCAGACUGAGGAGGCUGGAGCCCCUGCCGAGGCGGACCAGACUGAGGAGGCUGGAGCCCCUGCCGAGGCGGACCAGACUGAGGAGGCUGGAGCCCCUGCCGAGGCGGACCAGACUGAGGAGGCUGGAGCCCCUGCCGAGGCGGACCAGACUGAGGAGGCUGGAGCCCCUGCCGAGGCGGACCAGACUGAGGAGGCUGGAGCCCCUGCCGAGGCGGACCAGACUGAGGAGGCUGGAGCCCCUGCCGAGGCGGACCAGACUGAGGAGGCUGGAGCCCCUGCCGAGGCGGACCAGACUGAGGAGGCUGGAGCCCCUGCCGAGGCGGACCAGACUGAGGAGGCUGGAGCCCCUGCCGAGGCGGACCAGACUGAGGAGGCUGGAGCCCCUGCCGAGGCGGACCAGACUGAGGAGGCUGGAGCCCCUGCCGAGGCGGACCAGACUGAGGAGGCUGGAGCCCCUGCCGAGGCGGACCAGACUGAGGAGGCUGGAGCCCCUGCCGAGGCGGACCAGACUGAGGAGGCUGGAGCCCCUGCCGAGGCGGACCAGACUGAGGAGGCUGGAGCCCCUGCCGAGGCGGACCAGACUGAGGCUGCCGGAACUGCUGCAGAGCCCGACCAAAAUGAGGGGACUGAAGCUCCUGCAGAGCCGGCCGAGAAAGAGGCGAUUCAAACUCCUGCUGAACUGAACCAAAGUGAGGCAGCUGGAACUACUGCACAGUUUGUCAGAAGUGAAGUGGUUGGAGCUGCAGACCCCGACCUAAUUCAGGCUCUGGGAGUUGUGCCAAGAUCCACUGUGGCAGUUGCGAAUGCAGGUUUAACUGAGGCAGAGAUGGCUAUGACAGAUCCUAGGCAAACUAAGGAAGUUGCAAAACUAGUAGUAACUGAUUUGUCUGUGGAGAUAGAUUUAUCUGAGAAAAUCGAAGCAGCAGCAGAGCCUGGUGAAGUUGAGGCAAAUCAUAUUGGGACAGCAGUAGCUUCAGGUCAUGCAAAUGUACCUCUGGAGUCGAACCAAACUGAGACAGUUGUGGGAAUACAUGUCAUGGAGAAAGUGGUAUCAGGUGCAGAGCUAGUUGAAGCUGAAACAGAACAUAGUGUGGCACUAAUGGCAGCUGGACAGACAACCCUAGUUCUGAAACCAUGCCAGAGUGAAACAUCUAAGCUGAUAGAAGUAACAGAGAUAGGUGCUGCAUCUUGUGAGCCAGAGCAAGCUGAGGCGUCUGCUGCCGAGCCAGAGCAAGCUGAGGCGUCUGCUGCCGAGCCAGAGCAAGCUGAGGCGUCUGCUGCCGAGCCAGAGCAAGCUGAGGCGUCUGCUGCCGAGCCAGAGCAAGCUGAGGCGUCUGCUGCCGAGCCAGAGCAAGCUGAGGCGUCUGCUGCCGAGCCAGAGCAAGCUGAGGCGUCUGCUGCCGAGCCAGAGCAAGCUGAGGCGUCUGCUGCCGAGCCAGAGCAAGCUGAGGCGUCUGGUGCCGAGCCAGAGCAAGCUGAGGCGUCUGGUGCCGAGCCAGAGCAAGCUGAGGCGUCUGGUGCCGAGCCAGAGCAAGCUGAGGCGUCUGGUGCCGAGCCAGAGCAAGCUGAGGCGUCUGGUGCCGAGCCAGAGCAAGCUGAGGCGUCUGGUGCCGAGCCAGAGCAAGCUGAGGCGUCUGGUGCCGAGCCAGAGCAAGCUGAGGCGUCUGGUGCCGAGCCAGAGCAAGCUGAGGCGUCUGCAGCCGAGCCAGAGAAAGCUGAGGCCCCUGCUGUCUCCAGGUCAGAGGAAACUGAGGCGUCCCCUGCUGCAUCGGAGUUAGGGUCAACAGAGGUUGUAGCUGUUUCUGACAAAAGUGGGACAACUGUGGAAGCUGACCAAAGUAGGGCUCCAGUGGUCACUGCAAGACCCAGCGAAACUGAGGCUCUGGUGGACAGUACAGGGCCAGGUGAAACUGGGACUCCGGUGGACACUGCGGGGGCAGUCAAAAUUGUGGCUCCGCCUGCAGCACAGCCAGAUGAAAGUGAGUCACCAACAGCACUUGCAGAUUCAGACAAAUGCGAGCCACCAGUAGCCACAGGAGAGUCUAAUCAGUCUGAUGAUUUGGCAGUAGCUGCACAGCCAGACAAAUCAGAAGCAGCUGCCACAGAACAAAGUGACACACCUAAGAGUUUUGAGGGUGUUGACAAAUUCAAAUUAUGCAAUCAAGUAGGCAGUUCUGAUGAAUUGAGUUCAUUAACUGAGCGAUCUUCACAAGCAGAUCAGCAGUUACCACCAUUGACUGAUUCAGAUCAAAUAAAAGCUACAGAAUCAAGCAUAAAGCCUGAAAUUAGUAAGGAGGGAAGCUCAACAGAUAAAGCGGAAACAGGUGAUACAGGUUUGGUAUAUCACAGUUCCUCAUCACUGAAGAGAAAAGCAGUUUCUUCGGGAUCUGAUGCAGAUAAUUUAAAAGACUAUGUGAAGCCAUGUAAACUGGUGAAAUCUUCUGAUGUUCCUGAUACUACUUCCAGCAAAAUGGAGAAAUCAUAUAGUUCCCAAGAAGUAGGGGAGGAUGUGAAAAUAUCGAACAUUAAUGUUGAGGAAUGUGAAUUAGUUGAGAAGAAAGAAAGCGAUAUUUCUUCCACUGCUGUUUCUACAUUAUGUAUGGAAGAAACACUGUCUUCAGUUGAUACAGAAUGUGAAGAAAGUUCCUCAUUAGGGAUGGGAGCUACAGAAACAGAACAACUUUCAAAAUCUCUUGCUGAUACCUUAUGCAAUAAAAUGGCUGACACAGAUAAGGAAGUAUGUAAUUCUCCAUGUAACAUUGAUUUAAAGAAAGAAACUGCAGAAGCAACUGAACAUACAUUGCCAAGUGUUGCAAAUUCUCUGUCAUUAGUUAGAGAUAGUGCCUCAAAGAACAUAGGUCAUUAUGUUUCUAGUGCUCGUGAAGAAGUAAAUACAAGUUGUGUUACUGAGGAAAUUUCUGACGUAGACCAGACAUUGAAGGCCACAAAAGUGGAAAAUGAAGUUUUUCCACGUAGUGAAGAGUCUAACGAAAUAUCAGUUCACCAUGAGAGGUGUCACACUGAACAGAGUUCUUCUGUGACACCAGAACUUAAUUCUGAAAUAUUGGAAAGAAGUUUAGAGGAAAAUGUUCUGAAGAAUAAAGUGGGAGGUGAUUUGCUGUCAUUGAAGAAAGCAGAUACAUUAGUGGAUCUUGAGUCUCAACCUGUCUGUGCUGCAGAGUCUGAAACAACUAACAGUGUGCAACCUUUAACCUGUAAAUCUCAAGAAAAAUGUCAAAGUCAGAUCACACCUAAUGUGGAUAUUUGUGCAACUGUCCAAAUUGCUGGUAAUAAGAACUCGUUUUCUGAUAUUACAGAUGGGCAGAUGGAAAUUGAAAGCAAACCAGGAGGGGAAACACCAGAACCUUCUGCUUCGGAGAUAGAAGAGAAGGACGAACCAUCUUCAGAGGUAACGACAGAAACUGCAGUGGUUUUGCCUCUACAUCCAACACUACAUUCUGAAGAGAUCGUUCCCAUGGAUGUUGAUAAAAAUGUGCAGUCAGUAACACCAAGCGAAUAUGGCAUAAUUUCCAAAUCUAGUUUGACAGAAAAGUCAGCAUUAGACAUAGAAGUAGCAGUCGUUAAGAUUGAGGAUGCUGUACAGUGUGAACCAAAUACGACAAAUGUGGUUCCUCAGGCAUCCAGUACUGUCAGUGCUAGACAGGAGCAGCUGCAUGCGGCAACAGAUGCUGCUGCAGAUCUGUCGGCAUCAGCAGAAACCAAACUAGGACUUGCCAGAGAGUUGUCAGAUGAUAUGGGGAAGAAAGAAGUAUCAUCGAAAUUUGUGGAUGUUUUCCCACAGUCAGUACAAAACACUACAGUGUUACCAUCAGAAAAGACAUUGUCCAUUUCUAACACUUCUGCAGAAUUAAUAACAAGUUCUAAGGUGCCUUUGUGUGUAGAGCCAAUCCUUACAUCUGAAGCACUGAUGAGUCGAGCAGUUACAUCUACAAAGGAUGAAGUGCCAGAUCAACAAAAUGUGACAAGAAUAAGUCCUCUCACAGCCAGUGCCACCAUUAUAGGUGAAGGAAAGUUCCCUAAAGACACAGUUGCUGUGCCAUUGCCAUCAGAUGAUGUCGAAAUGUCAAAACCAAACAUUAAUCCAGUAGACAAUUCCUCAGAUGGUUCUCCAUGUAACAUACGAAAGACUCUGCAACAUGAAACAGAAACUUCCAGUGCGAGGGUGUGUCUUCAAAUCGACAGCUCAAAACAUGUAUCAUCUUCAGACAGAAUGGAUACAAAUUUGGAAACAGUGCAUGUAGUUUUAAGUACAUCAGAGGUAGCACCAAUGAGCCCAGUAAUGACAGUCGCAUCCAGUAAAACUGAAGAAAUUAAAGCACUGGAAGAACUAAAGGGUCAAGGUGUGGUGCCUCAUGAAGAAACUACUGCAAAGAUAGCUGCAUCAUCAGCUAUAACAGAAAGUAAAGGAACUUUGCCAGCAGAAGAUCAUUGGCGCAAGAAAGAGUUACUUGGAGACAAAAAGCCUGCAGUUAGCUCUGAUAAACCUGAAAAUGAAAAAACAGAAUGUAAAAAUAUUCUCAUGGCUACCUCAGUAAGUGUAAAAGCCACUUUGAGCCCAUCAGAGUCUGAUGAAGUAUGUGAAGAAACAAGUCAAGUGGCCAUUGAAGACACCAUAAUUUCAGAUGGUGCAGUUAGUACUCCAAAUGCAAAAGCAGAUUCUGAAGUUGGGCAUGAGAAUGUAGAACAGGUAAAGCGAACAGGAGAAAUUGUCCUUGAAAAGGGUAACAAAGUAGGCUCUGAAUCCUUGCCUAAAAUGGGUGUUCAUCAAACUCACAGUAGACCAGAGCCAUUAACCCAGCCAGAAAGUGCACUUUCAGUUGCCUCUAAUGUUACAAAGAAUUUAAAAAAUGCAAAAGCAGAAGUAGAGGAACUUCAGAUGCCAGAAGUUGCAUUUUGUUCAGAUAAAUUGUCAGGUGCAAGUGUAGUGGGAACAGACAAAAUGCCCUCAAGUAUUAACACACAUACAUCUAAAGCAGCUGAGUUGUCCAAAGAAACAACUAAUGAGACAGGAACAGCCAUGCUGGAUUUGAAGGAAUUGGCACAUUCACAAGCAGAUGAGACUCUAGUGGCAGAGAGGACAUUUGUAUCUGAUGAUGAAGCUAAAGUCAAGUCUGGAGAACCUAAAUUGUGCACAGUAACUGAAAAUAAUCUGACAACUUCACAGACAGUAACAGAAACACUUGAAGUGGUGAAAUCAUCAGAAACAGCUCAAUCCAUGAAAGCACUGACAAAAUCAUCAAACAAAUCUACUGUAGUCUCAUCACAUUCUGAAGCAGAAACAUCAGUUGUAGAUGCCAAGUCUAAAGUAGUUACAUCAACAGUAGAGAUUGUUUCUGAAAAACUUGAAAGUAUGGUGCCUCCACUAAAUCAGUUUACAGGUGAGCAGGUGGCAAUGGCUUCUGAAGGUACAGAACGUGAAAUGAAAACCACGGGACUCCAGACUCCUCGAGGAACGACUGAAGUUCCUGGUGUACCAGGCUUGGACAUAACUCCUCCUGCUGUAUUAAGUUCACAAAUAUCUCAAAAUAUGAUGUUGAAAUUGGAAAAAGAACAGAAAGAAACUGAAACUCCAGUUUCUGAAACAGAAAUUCUUCAGCAAGUCGACCGGUGUUUGGAAACUAAGGAACCAUCAAACAAAGAAAUGCCAUUAGGAAGGACAUCAUUGACUGCAGAUGUGCAGGAAAUUGAAGCACCACAUACUCCAGCAGUUAAAUCUGAGGAAAGUGUUGCACAUGCCUCGGAUCAACUCUCAGAACAACAACAUUGUGGGGGCAAAAGAAAAUUGUCUCAAGAAAGAUCUUCUGAACAAGCGGCAAAAUCUGAGGUAACAAAGCAGACUGUUACUGAUGUGCCUUCAGUAUUAGGUUGUGAGAUACCUGCAAAGAUGAUUGAAUGUGUUCAAAAAUCUUCAAACAAAGUGCAAGGUCAAAAUGCACAAAAGACAUUGAUUGCUCCUGAAUUGGCCUCAUCUUCUGUCCAUGAAUCAUCAGAAAUAGUGAAAGAUUCUGUGACACAAUUGGACUCAAGUUGUGCCAUGCCAGAAGAAGUAGAAACAGCAUUUACUUCAGAAUCAGAAACUUCAACAAGAUCCAAACUGGUGGCAUCUAUAGAAAUGGAAGAAGAGAGGCAAAUGAUUGUAGUACAGAUAAAUAAAUCAGGUGAAGUAGAGCAGUCCUUGAAGGGGAAUGAUACACAGAGUGUAAAAGUAUCAUGUGUGGAAUCUGAGAAAAGGUUAGCUUCACAGCAAGCUAUAUUAGAAAAGACAGAAAAAUCAUUACAGUCUUCUGAGGUGCCAACAUCUACAGGUUUAAUAAGUGAAGAAUUAUUUGUAAGAAAAACAGCUGAUGAUACAUCUGAAUUGUGUGGCAAAGCCUCAGUUAAUCAGGGCAGUGUAAGUGUUUCAGUUACACCAAGGUCUUCCGAUGAAACGAGUUUGUUUGAAAAGGUGGCAACAAAAGAAAUUGGAAGUGAUGGUAUCAGUGCUAGUCAAAAUUCUCUUACAGCUAAGAAUAAAGCUUCUGUGGAUUGCAGUACAUCAGAAUUUGUUCCUGAUAAAACUAAUUCAGAAACUGCUGAAACUGAGACAGCAGGUGAAAUUUUGCUUCAUUCAAGGGACCUAACUAAAACAUCAGAACAUCAUUUUAUGAAGGAGAAAACUAAUGAGGAAACUGUUGAAUUGCGUGCAGCAAGUGAAAAAUUUAAAGGGACAGACUUAUGCUUAGCCGUGGAAGAUGUGCCCGAUUGUGACAAAAAGAUGGAUCAAAAGUUGGCAAAACAAGAAAAAAUACAGGAUACCCCAACAAAUGUUGACUCUGUAUUACUAUCUACGUCUCUUCAGUCUUCUGUUGAAGAAAAAGUAAUUGAAAAUUCUGAAAGUAGUUUAGGCACAGCUGGCAAUCAUCUUAGUCAGUCUGCCGCAUCAGAGGAGUCGAAACCUGAUGAAAAACCUGUCAGCAGUGAGGAUGACGGUAAUUCAUGUGAAAAGGAAGAUACAGAAAAAAAUCAGACACAUUCACCAGCUUCAGAUCCAUUGGCAAAGGAAAAUGAAAGUGAUUCACAAGCUCGUGUUAAACAUAAAGUCAACAGUGAUACUGAUGGUGAACGAACAGAAGUUUCAAUAAAAAGAAAAGUCUGGGAAAGUGAAAAUGAGACCGAAGUUAGCCCUAAAAAAGUAAAGAUUGAUGACUGUAAUAUUGGUAUACCAUCUUCUAUUUCUGAUGCCCAGUGUUCUAAAAGUCCAGAAUCACUAAAGAGGAAGAGUGCAAGUGAUGAUGCAGAAACUGGUGAUCAGGAUAGUAAUACUGAAAAGAAAAAACCUAAAGUGGAAACAUCAGAGCAGUGAUUUUUGUUGUUGGUGGUACCAGUUCAGAGGAAUUCACACACAUUCCAAGUUAAGUUAGUUUUUCUUUGUUCUUGUGUGUUGUGGAAGAGUUAAUUUAUUUAUGUAUAGGAUUUGUUUGUGUGUUUGAUGCCAGAUGUUAAUACAUUUUGGUGCUUUUUGCACGCACAUUACUAUACAAUCAGAGGUCUUCUUUCCUGUGGAAUAUGUUAAUAGUGUCUAAAAGACUCUGGAAUUCUUUCCUUCUCUGUGGGUAAUUGGAAGGGGUUAGCAUGGGAUGGGAAAGUGGAUGAUGUGAAAUAGAGGUGCUGUGGUAUUCACAGGUUUUAUAUGAAAGUAUAUAUAUUAUAUGAACUAUUGAAAUUAUAUAUAAUCCAACAGUAUUUACAUGUCAAGUGAAGAUCUGGCUGAACUAGAACUGUUUUGUAAAAUUGCAAUAAUAAUCAGUUCAACACUCCCUGCCACAGUUUUGCUGUUACAGAAAUUUGGGUUUUGCUCCCAUGUCUAGUUUUAUGCAGCAUCCAAGUACAAUGUGUCUAACUUUUUGUAGCAGUCAGUUUUCACAAAGAUUCUGUAUUACAGGUUUCAGGCAUAUUGCAUUUGAACUAUGUGAUAUAAUUUAGUCUUCCACUGGCAGAGUUUUUAAUUAUUUUUUAUAUGUUAAUGCAGGUUCCUACAGUUCCUAUGUCUUCAGUUUUGUAUUUGAAAUAAUAUCAGCCGUGUCGCCUUUGUCACUAGUCAAUCUUCCAUUUGUGAGAUAGACUGAUUUAAUUACUACUGUAAUAUUUUUAUGCAUUGUCCAAACAACAGGUUUUUGAAGCAACUUGUAUUUCUGUCAAUCUCUUCAUUAAAACUUUUCUUUACACAUGUUUAUAUACACACCUCUGCAUUUAUGUAGCAAACGAAAGAACUACCACCUGUAUUUUCUUUAUUUGCUUCAUUUAUUUUGUUCUUUAUUUGCUAUGUACUGUUAGUUUGUAAUGACUUUGUCUCUUAGUGGAGAGUUUAUAUGUAGUACAAUAACACAUUCUGUGUAAGAUGAUGGACAGUUUUUGUUGUACAGGCUACUUAUGUUCAGACACUUUACAUCUGCUGUGCUGCAGAUAAUUGGUCAGGAUGAAUAAAAUACAUUUUAUACCAA